AUGACACUACCCUUUACAUUUGAUCCCUCUUUGGGGGUUUCCUCCGAGCUGGGCAGGGUCGGGUCCCCACAACAACCUUACUAUGGGCACCUGGCCUCUGAUCCUGGCUCGGGGACGUGGGGACCGGAGCCGUACAAGUGUAAACCGGAUCUGGACACUGACAAGCGGAAGGAGAAUGGCCGCCUGGCCGCCAAGCGGUACCGGGAGCGGGUCAAGGAGGAUCAGAUACUCCUCAAGGAGGAUCUGCAAAAGCUGCGGGAAGAUAACCUGCGACUGAGGGAAGAAAACGCCGCCCUCCAGAAGAUUCUCAACGUUCACACAGAAAAGAUACUUCGUAGCAUAGACGGAAUCUUGAUGUUCAUUAGGACAAUCUCUCAUUCACGAAAUGUGGGCUAUAAUACUCUGAACCAGGACACACUUAUAGCUACCACGCAGGGCCAUGAAUGCCCCGUGCGUCCAGGCGAGAGCUACUAUGGAGAUAACUAUGCUUAUGAUAAUUGCCUCAGUGGACCCCUCCAACUGCCAUUGAAUGGCGACGUACUACCACUGCCGCCACCAAGUGACUCAGUUUAUCCGCAGGGGGCAUAUGACUCUGGGUCACUAACAGGUACAGAUACCUAUACAGGCUUCGGGAGCUCUCCCACUGCAUCGGAUUCCCACUCUACUUACAAUGUGUUUGUCUUCAUCCUGAUACUACUACUUCCUGUUAAGUUCUUUCCGUACAUUACUUCUGGGUAUGCUUCCGCCAAGAGUGCCUCGCGGAGUACAGAAGUACUUAACAUGAUGUCUCUUCAAGCCAACCUGCGCGUACCAGAUACUCUCGGCCACAAGCCGACUGUCCCGCAUUACUCUGGCUAUUCUACUAUUGCUAACUAUUCUAUUCUAGAAACAACGGCUGAUAACAUGCGUACAGAAUCGCACCAAUCGGCUCUAAUUCCAAUGACAGACGCGCAGAUUCAGGUCUCUUCUGAAGCUUCGGGCAGUCUAUUUCGACUGUGGGAACGCUCGGGCCUUGCAUCUGAGCCACGAUCCACUAGCCUAUCACUAGCUAGCAUAGAUAAGACCGAUCUCUGUCAAUACUACAAUACCCAAGACUCUGCGGCUUGGAAUAGUAUGGUUGAGGUGAUAGAAUCUGAGCUCAAGCGGACCUGCUCUGCGACCAACGGUGAUAAGCGACUCAAGGACUUCAUCGUAGAGGUCCCUGAUGGUUCUUAA